GAAGUCUCGUCAGUAGGUCACGCAUGCGCGCGCUGAUAGCUCCGAAGUAACCCUGGAACAGAAGCUGCUCCGGAGCAGAUACCAACGGGAGAUGGAUGGUAAAUCAUCCAUAGAUUCAGAGCAGGAUUUGGACAGCUCUUCAGGAUCUGACUGGAUGAGUGAAAUGGAAAAAAGUAAAGGAAAACAAGGAGGAAAAGGAAAGAUUAGGGAACAAGAUGGAAAGGAGAAAGGAACAUAUUCCAACAAGAAGAAAAAAGCUAGAAGUAAAAGCAGUCCAGACCUGGACGAAAUCUUUCAGGAGGCCAGAAAUAAGACAAAACUGACUGUCCGUUGUGGAAAAAUGACUGGUCUUUUAUGCAAAAAAAGGUAUGAGAAUGGAGAGAAGUGGAUUUCAUGUAACAGGAAAUGGUUUACGCCCAGACAGUUUGAGGAGCUUGGAGGAAAGGGGAAUAACAAGAAGUGGAAGAGUAGCAUCUAUUACAAGCCAUCAAAUGGCCUUCAACAAGUGCAAUUAGAGAAACUCAUAGAGAAUAGGUGUCUGCCACAGUAUUGAUAUCUGAGGAAGUCAUCUAGACAGGUGACACAGACAGAUAGAUGUGGUGCAGACUCAUCAUCUCAGCAAAAUGUGACAAGACACCUAACCAUACAAAACCCAAUCACAUCAGGCCCCCUCAAUCCACGGG